AUGUCUAAAACUAUUCGAAAAAAAAUUUCUCAUGCUAUUCAAACAACUUUUCGAUUAUCACCAAAACCAAAAUCAUCAAAAAGCAUUUCUUGUUGUUCUGUGAAGAAACCUAAUAAUUAUGAAUAUAUUACGUAUGAACAAAAACCAACAUCAACAACACAACAUGAUUAUAUUGAUUUAAGUGAAUGUCGAUCAUGGUCUUUAUCAUAUUCAAAAGAUUCUGGUAUUUCAAAUGUUCAUCAACUUGAAUCGACAAAAAUUAAUCCAGAUGAUUCAAUAUCUUUAUCAACAUUAUCUAAUUUAAGUUCAAUUCGAAAUUAUGAAGAAAAUCCAAUGUCAUUUCAAUGUUGUCGUUGUCAAUGUCAUCAUUAUAUGCAAAAUGAACGCUUAUUUAAUGAACAAUAUUCACAAAAAUUAACUAACAAUAAAGUGUAUCCUUUCAUUUUUUAA